AUGCAUCCCCCUCAUCCGCCCGCGCCUUUGGAAUGGACCACGGUGUCGACGACGCUGCCGGCAUCCCCGCUGCCGCCGCUCGCCAGCCGACCCGAGAUACGGACGGCGCGGCUGGUGCUGCGGCGGACGCUGGCGAGCGACCUGGCGGCGUGGCACGCGAUGCGGUCGCAGCCCGAGGUGAUGACCUGGACGUCGCAGGGCGCGCCGGACCGCGACGAAGCGUGGUCGCGGGAGCGGCUGGCGCGGCGGCUGGCCCCCGAGGCCGACGCCCAGUACGACUUUGCCAUCUGCCUGGCCGACACGGGCGAGAUGGUGGGCGUCGGCGGCUGCCACAGGACGUGCGGGGGGGGGCUCGGCUGGCCCGUCCUCGGGUACAUGCUGCGGCGCGAGUUCUGGGGCCAUGGCUACGCGACCGAGUUCCUCGCCGCCCUCCUGGAUGCCUGGUGGGCGCUGCCGCGGGUCCCCGUCCCUGAGCUGCGGGUGGAGCGGAGCACCGUCGAUGCCGUCGGCGGUGGGGACGGCUCGGCACGCGAGUGCAUCGUCGCCGUCACGCUCGAUGCCAACAGUGGUAGCCAGAGGGUCCUCGACAAGUGCAAGCUGGAGCUCGUCAAGGUCUGGGAGGAGCCCGACUUGCGGGAUCCGGACACGACGGCCACGCUGUACGCCUACGUGGCCCGUCGGCCCGGCCACUGA